AUGUCGAAAAGAACUCUGGAUACCUUCUUUAGCCCAUCUCAGAAGAAGGCCAAGACAUCUGUCACAGAAUCAAAAGAUGCGCCGUCAACCCACUCGACAUAUCCGUUCGCUAUACCACAAUUGCCACUGGAGAUCACAGACCUUCUGAACUUUGCCCCAGAAGCAGAAGGCAAAGUAAUAAACGACCAACCGGAUCUGGAUCUCUUGUACUUCCAACCAUACGUACCGGGUUCGAUAUCAACAGCCUUGUUCGAGUUUCUACGCAGCGAGCUGUUCUUCUACCGUGUAAAAUACAAGAUCAAGCGUGGACCCAUCGAGACAGAUAUCAACACGCCACGCUUCACGACUGUGUUCGGUGUAGACGAGACCUCCUCCUUCUCACCUGAUGGCUCGCUCAUUGACGCAACCACAAAGAAGCCCAUACCCAAAGACCGCUACAAGACUUGCAAACCGCGACCUAUACCCGCAUGUCUGGACCUAUUGCGCCAACUCACAGAAGCAGCGACAGACCAACGCUACAACUUCUGCCUCGUAAACUACUAUGCCACUGGUGAUGACAGUAUAUCCUAUCACAGCGACGACGAAAGGUUUCUCGGCGUGGAUCCCGCAAUCGCAUCGUUCAGCCUGGGAGCCAAAAGGGACUUUUUGAUGAAGCAUAAACCUACUCCACCCUCUGAAAACAAAAGCGCCACAGUGAUUGCUUCAGAGACGAAACCUCUGAAACUGCCUUUGGGUAGUGGAGAUAUGGUGUUGAUGAGAGGCUCGACGCAGAGCAAAUGGUUGCAUAGCAUUCCCAAAAGAAAGGGUGGAGAAAGCGGGAACGGCAGGAUCAACAUCACGUUCAGGAGAGCGAUGGUGGUGGGAGGUACUGAGAAUUACUACCGGUAUAAUGUUGGCGAUGGAGAUGUCAUGAAGUGGGAUGAGAAGACCAAGAAAAUGGUUGUAUGGGGUGAAAGCAAGGGAGAUGGUGAAGCUGUGAAGCAGGAGAUCAAACCGGAAGAUGUAGACAAGGGAUAUGCUGGAUUAUGA